CUCAUGCUACUCCACCCCCCUUAUGGUUUAAGAAGAGAGGAGGAGAGUAGGUUGCACAGCCUUUUCUUAGAAAGCUUUUUAUUUCGCAUACACAUGGGCACAGGCCAGCAUACAGAGUACAGAGGCAGCUUGCAUUUCGGUGCAUUCUCUCUCUCCUUUCCUGGUUCAUCGAUUUUCUUAGUACUGAAGUGAGUGAGUGGCAUCACAGAAAAGAACAACAUAGCAGUGCUUAAACGUUGCCAUGCCGUCAUCCACAUGUUCACGGUUAGCUGUUACGCUCCUCCUGAUGGAGUUUGGCUGGUGCUGUUUGAGUCUGGCCUUCCCCAUCAGCGAGUCUGUCGAAGGCAGCGCUGAUGAGCCAGAGCUGAUCUUCCCCACGGCCCAGGCCACUCAUGUGGUCCCCCCCUCCCCCUCCCCCGUGCCUAGCAUCACCACGACCUUCAUCCGCGUCAAGGACUUCCUGUUCAACCAGGUGGUGGACAUCCUGCGUGACAACCUGCUCCUCAUCAUCGUAGUGACUUCGCUGCUCAUUGUCAUCAUCUUCAUCAUCUGCUGUGCCUCGGCCCUGAGCCACAAGCGCAAGCUGGAGGCCUACUACCCACCCAGGAAGUCUGUGCCCCGGAAGUACAUGUGUGAGGCGACAAAAGGGGUGGCGAGGCAGCAGCAGCGUGCCCGGCCGGGCCCCGAACCCAAGGGUGUCGCAUCAGGCUCCGCAAGCUGCCUGCGCACCCCGUCCAAGGCCCUGGUGGGCGAGAAGGAGGGAAAGGAGCCACCGGCCAGAGCACAGCAGGUGCAGAGGGCUGAGGAAGUGCGGGAGGUGGAGGAACAGAGGGAGGAAAAGAAGAAAGGGGAGGAGCCAAAGCCUAGCACCUUGGUGGGUGGAGCUAGCCAGGCUCUUGUAUGCACCUGCCACCUGCGGAAGGCCAGCCCAUCAGCUCAGUGAUGGAGUGGGCAGGUGAACGACUGGCUCUCAGAGACGUGUGGAUGUGGACUUUUGUUCUCCAGGAAUUCACUUGAUUCUGCAUAGCAAGAGUUCGGCCACUCAGCUUUGUGCCAAACUAUAUGUUGGAGGUGCUCAGGUGAAUUUAUCGAAGGUUCGCUACACAAACUUUGUGUAGCUGUUUCAAACCAAAUUACCUGAAUCAUGUAUGUUAUUCUUCAGUUUGAGCAAAAUACCUGAUCUGCUCUUUCACUUGUUAAAUUCCCCUUCACUGUGUACAAGGUAGGAUGUGUUCUGCAUACUGACUGGAGAUAUUGCUGACUCUCACCAUACUGGUAGUAUAUCAAACUUCUCAGAGCAAGAGAGCUGUUCCUUUUUUUCUGCUUUACCUUUUUAAAUGUCUGUAAUUAUGUCUGUAAUUAUCGAUAUCUAGGCGCUAAUCUUGAAUCAGUAUUGUUGACCUGAGAAGCUUGAUAUAUAUACGUUUACAUGAUCAAACUGUGCAUUAUCAAACAGUAAAAGUGGUAUUUUUUUAUUUGCAGUUUGGACCUGUGUAUUAAUUACUUUUAGGUCUAUGGGGAUUCUUUUUUGGAAUAACAUUUUUUUUUUUGUUGUUCAGCAUUGGGCUUAAUGUGAGUUAGAAAGAGUUUAUGCCUGUCUUUACCAAUAUGUGAUCACUUUAGGACUGAUAAGCAUGCGAAACAUUCUAAAGUGUGUGUUGCCUUUCGAUUUCUGUGACUUGGAAAAGAAAAGGUCUUCUCAUUCCAUUACAGUGACUUCUCUUUAAUUAUUUAAUCUGUUCCUCUCUGUUUAGUUUUGGCCAAUAUAUAAGUUAUUGUCAUUAUUUCAGUUAAAGUUCAACGCUUAGUUCUAUAUAAAGUAUCUUUGAAUUUACUGUUACAUUAAAUCCUUUUGGUAGACAUCAACUUGCUUGCCUUGUUCUGUUACAAAUACUGCAAAAUGCCAUUAACUGCUUUAAUAGCUGAAGAGUCAGUCUGAGUUGGGAAAAUAAUCACAGAAAUACUGAUCUGUCACUUCUUCAGAGGUGGUCAAAAGUUGGAUGGGAAACAUUCCUUAAGUUUUAUGUUGCACUUCAACUAUAAUGUGUAAGUGUACUGAGUGGACACUAAUCUUUUAAAAGUACAAUCAUAUGAAAAACAAAGCGCAUCCUCUUUGAGUUCUGUAGUUUUACA